AUGUUUGCUAUACGGACGACGGUGUUGAAUCCAGUCGCCGUCAGUGUCCUCUCGGGUUCAAACAAGCCUAAACACGUCUUUAACACAUCCUCUCCCUCCGUCUCUCUCCAGGGCCUGACCGGUCCAGUAGGUGAUGCAGGUGUACCGGGACCUCAGGGACCCCAAGGACUACAGGGACACAGUGGACGCUCCAUCAUAGGACCCCCAGGAGGUCAAGGAGAGCAAGGACAGAAAGGUGAAGCGGGACAACAAGGAACACAGGGAAUAGCUGGCAGACUUGGAGGUCCAGGCAGAGACGGACCAGCAGGAUCCAGAGGACUGCCGGGUAAAGACGGGCCGCCAGGCAGACCGGGUCCCUCAGGAACUAUCGGGACGCCAGGAGGCCCGGGGGCCCAGGGUAACACGGGCCCUUCAGGGAAACAGGGAGAUCUGGGACCAUCGGGUGUUCCUGGAAGCAAAGGGGAGAGAGGUGAACGGGGGGACCUCCAGUCGACGUCAUCAGUUCAAGCCAUCGCCAGGCAGGUCUGUGAGCAGCUGAUUCAGAGCCACAUGGCACGCUACAACUCCAUCCUGAACCACGUGCCCAGUCCACCGGUGUCCAUCCGCACUGUGCCAGGACCCCCAGGAGAGCCCGGCAGACAGGGGACCCCGGGGACCCAGGGAGAACAGGGACCCUCAGGAAGACCCGGCUUCCCCGGACAGAACGGGCAGAACGGCCAGCCUGGAGAGAGAGGUCAAUUGGGAGAAAAGGGCGAGAAAGGACCUCAAGGCGUUGGAGUCCAAGGCCCCCGAGGACCUCCAGGACCCCCUGGUACCCAGGGGCAGGGCAGACCUGGCAGCCAGGGUUCAUCGGGGCGACCUGGAAAUCCUGGGUCUUCUGGUCGGCCCGGUGUCCCCGGACCCAUCGGCUCCGCCGGGCCUCCGGGCUACUGCGACCAGAACUCCUGUGUGGGCUACAAUGUUGGAGAGGAUGUCACUGACCGCGGCGCUGUCCCCGCAGUCCAACUGCCGCCCAACGUCUUCCAGAACUACGGCGAGGCCGAGGAGGAAGACCCCUACCGCUACUACGAGCCCAACUACCCGGCCCCGCGGCCCGUGGCCCCCGACGACCCGACGCUCCAGCAGGACGACGCCGGCGUCCACCGCGUCUCCCGGAGCCUGGAGGGGGAGGAAGAGAGAGUCGGGCCGAAGAGGAGGCUAAAGAGAGCAGCGAAGACGCCGCCUGGACUCAUUUAACGAGGAGGAGCCGAUUGGAGGCCACUCGCUGUUUCUGAUUGGGCGGUUUGGAGUUACGGACUAAUCAACAAGUGCCUGAUGUUGAGGAUUUCUUAUGGACAUUGUAGAGGGGACGGGGGGCUUUAUCAGGUUGGGACUAUUUGAACUCAUCUAUGCUUUUGAAUUAACUCCAAGAAAACAGGUUUGAUUUGUUUUUGUCGUCGUCUCAAAAUGGAUUCAGCUUCACAUGGUUUUUAUAUUUCACGGUCCCGCGACACGUCUCUCCGUUAACGGGUUCGUCAUCAGGUCGAUUGGAGAAAAGGAAGCCGGUCCUGUUUGUCAGCCUUCAGUUCUUCUGUUUGUCGUUUACCUGGUUGGUUAAAGUGCCUCCUGAUCAUCCUGCUGGAAGAUUCUGGAAGAAAUGUUAAAAAUACAGAAAUGUUAAAAAGCUGCAACAAAGCAUUGAUACACAGAAACACGUGCAGGUUACCAACGAGCAACGUCGUCACUCUUUGUGUCUUCAUAUAUAUAUAUAUAUAUAUAUAUAU